GAACCCGGGUUGGGAAAUCGAUUCCGGCAAACUUUGCCCUCCGGACGGUGGAAGAGCCGAGUGUUGCCAGACGACAGAAUUCAGACAGAAGGGUCAAGUGAAAUCACAAUUGAACAAUGGCAACCUCGGAUGAAAAUUCAUCUGCUUUGGACGAUCGUCCUUCAGUGGCCACGGAUUACCAAAACCUCAGGUCCUUGGAGGAAGGAGACGAAGGUGGACCGUCCAUCUGGAGAGCUCCUCCGUUGGGCCAGUCCUCCUGGCGCCGUGUCUGCCCCACCAGCCGCCUGGUCCUGGUCCUGAUGGCUGCCUGCUCCGUCCUCACCCUUUCCGUGGUCGCCCUCGGUUUCCAAGGGGUCCAGCUCAGUUCAGAGAAAUGGGGAACCAUGGAAGCCAUCAAAAGCUUCAACCAGACAGUUUGGACAGGACUGAUGGGCCUUCGUAGCAAGAGGAACAGCACCGGAUGGAAGCUGAAGUCGCUGGAGAAGAUGCUGGCGGAUCACAACGAGAAGAUGAAGAAAGCCAACAAACUCUUCCAAGAACAGCUGGACACUUUGCAGCAAGACUCGAAAUCCUUUCACUGUGAGCUGGUUGAAAUGAGGAGCAAUGGCACCAGGAGCGGCUGCUGCCCCAAGAACUGGCUGCAGUUCCAGGAGAGCUGCUACUGGAUGUCUUCCGGGACGUUUUCUUGGGAUAACGCCAAACGCAACUGCGAGAGGAAGAAUUCGCACUUGGUGAUCUUAAACUCUCCCGAAGAGAAGAGGUUUAUAUAUCAGCGCAAGAGGAUCAGUUUCACAUGGAUUGGAUUGACAGAUGUCACUGGAGACUGGAAGUGGGUGGACGGUUCGUCCUAUACACUUAACAGAGAGGACUGGCAAGAGCACCAGCCGGACCACUGGUACGGACACAACCUCGGUGGCGGCGAAGACUGCGUCCACAUGACACACAACGGGGAAUGGAAUGACAACCACUGCUCCCGCUCGUUCUACUGGAUCUGCGAGAUGGAGCUGAAGGGCUGAGCCGACCAGGACAGGCACCAAUCGGUCACUCUCUGGCCGGACAUCUCUUUCCUCCCGUUCAUUUGUGAGAGCACCUCUGGAAUUCAUGCUCUCUGAGACUACUUACCUGUCUAUCUCUUUAUCUAUUUAUCUAUCCUCUCUCUCUCUCCUUCCUUCCUUCCUUCCUAUCAUCUCUCUCUCUCUCCUCUCUAUCAUUUAUCUAUCAUCUAUCUAUCUAUCUAUCUAUCUAUCUAUCUAUCUAUCUAUCUAUCUAUCUAUCUAUCUAUCUAUCUAUCUAUCUAUCUAACACCCAUCUAGCCAUUCUCUUUCUCUUAUCUAUCUAUCUAUCUAUCUAUCUAUCUAUCUAUCUAUCUAUCUAUCUAUCUAUCUAUCUAUCUAUCUAUCUAACACCCAUCUAGCCAUUCUCUUUCUCUUAUCUAUCUAUCUAUCUAUCUAUCUAUCUAUCUAUCUAUCUAUCUAUCUAUCUAUCUAUCUAUCUAUCUAUCUAACACCCAUCUAGCCAUUCUCUUUCUCUUAUCUAUCUAUCUAUCUAUCUAUCUAUCUAUCUAUCUAUCUGUCAUGAUCUCUAAUCUUUGACAUCGCCGGUCGGCUGACAAAGAACAGAUGCCAGCCAUAAAACCUCAAUUACCCUCUGGUAUGUGAGAGCCCCUAUAUAAAUGGGCCAAAGAGAAGGUUCUGUUAUUCUGUACAAUAAAACCUGUUGGAAUCUA